AUGGGCGCGUCAAUGUCCACCUAUGUGGGCUGGGGCGUGAUCUUCAGUCUCGCCGGCUUCUACAUCAUCAAUGAGCGGAACAAGGCUCACAAGCGUGAAGCGGCCAAGACCGCUGCGCUGAAACAAAAACAGGAGGAGCGCCAGACGCAACUCGGACGUAAGGAGACCAAGCCCAAGCGACAGCGCAUCGAGCCCACACAGAGGGACUCGUACGCUUCCAAGCUCAAGCAGGAGGCGCAGCCUCAGACUUACCCCGCGAGCUAUAGCUCCGAUGAGGAGGUUGACAACCGGGAGUUUGCUCGACAGCUGUCCAAUGCCAAGCAGGGCACCAACUUCACCUCCAAGUCCAAGGAGGAGACGCGGCAAAAGUCUGUCAAGCAGUCCCGCGCCAAGGAGAUGCCCGCACCCGUCGAGAAGAAGGGAUCCGCGCCCUCGUCUACCACUGGUGCUGAUGCAGACGAUGACCAGUCGUCGGUGGCUUCUCCCUCCAUCAACGCCACCAAGGCGGGCGAUGUUUCCGACAUGCUCGAGCCAGCUGGUUCGGGCCCUUCUGUCCUGCGCCUGACUGGCACGGAGGAGAAGAAGGCCAAGGAGAAGAAGACCAAGGCGCCGCAGCCCACCGAGACCAAGAAGCAACGCCAGAACCGGAGAAAGGCCGAGGCCGCCAAGGCUGAUCGCGAGGAGGCCGAGAAGGCAAGGAAGGUUCUCGAGGAGCAGCAACGCCGAACCGCAAGAAUAGCAGAGGGCCGGGCUGCUAAGGAUGGCUCCGCCUUUAUGGCUUCGCAGGCUGCUAGCAACGCCUGGACCAACAAUGGCGUCAACGGCAGCUCCAAGGCCGCCGAGAGCAACUUCAUCCCUGUUCAACCCCUGGACACAUUCGACUCCAAGCCUGCUCCCGUUCCCAAUCCCCCCAAGGCCGCCGCCACUUCUGGUGACAGCUGGGUUUCCUCACUCCCGUCCGAGGAGGAGCAGAUGGAGGCCGCUCUCAAGGAUGACGAUGCCUGGAGCACCGUGAAGACCAAGCCACGCAAGGGAAAGAAGAAGGAUGAGACCACCGAGAGCGUCACCACCACGGCACCGGCCUCCCAACCUGCCGUUGCCGUUGCCGCUCCCGCUGUCAAGUCUCAGCCUGCCAACGGACGGCCAGCGAAGCCGUUCCACCAGACGUCCUCUUUUGCUGCCCUGAGCACUGACGAUCCUGCCGAGGACGAGGACGACGAGGAGGAGUGGGAUGUCUAG